CCCCCGCCCGGUGCCGGGGGAGCCGCCCCGAGGCCGGCCCGGGCCGCGAUGGACUUGGCGGUGCUGCUGGCGCUGUACCUGGGCCUGCUGCUGGCCGCCGCGGCCCUGCUCGGCGGCUGCCCGGGGAGCGCGGCGCGGGUAUUGUCAUUGGUAAUCCCCACACGGCUCCAGAGAGUGACACAGAAGGUGCUUCACAGGCUCUUCCACACACGAAGCCGUUUGUUCGCUGUCCUGCACGUAGCCUUGCAGGCGGCAGUCUAUGCUGAGUACACAUGGGAAGUGUUUGUUUACUGCUGGGAGCUGGAGUUCCACCUCCUCCUUCUGCUCCUGCCCUACCUGCUGCUGGCUGGGAACAUCGGCUGCUUCGUUCUCUGCUCCCGUGCCGAUCCCGGUAUAAUAACAAAAUCAAAUCAUGCAUCACUGAUGAAGAUUUAUGCGUAUGAUGGUGCAUUAUUUCAGAAAGGCAUCCUGUGCCCUACGUGCAACAUGGAGAAGCCAGCCAGAUCCAAACACUGCAGUUUUUGCAAUAUCUGCGUACACCGUUUUGAUCACCACUGUGUGUGGGUCAACAACUGCAUUGGUGCCUUCAACGCAAGGUAUUUCUUCUUCUACCUCUCCACGCUGACUGUUACGGCUGCAACCAUUGCGAGCAUCACAGUAGCGUUUCUCAUCCAAGUGGUGCUGCUGUCAGAUAUGAUGCACGGGAGUUACAUUGAUGACCAAGGACAAGAGCAGGCUGUUGAUAUUCUCUUUCUCAUUCAGCACCUUUUCUUGACUUUUCCUAGGAUUGUCUUCAUGCUUGGGUUUGUUAUUCUUCUCACACUUCUGCUGGGUGCGUACUGCUGUUUCAAUCUAUAUUUGGCUUUAACCAACCAAACUUCCAAUGAGUGGCAUAAAUCCAGAAGAUCUGGGUGUUCCCACCAUCUAACAUUGCAGCCCUAUGACAGACAAGUUGUUUACAAAAAUAUUUAUUCUAAAGGAGUCUGGAUGAAUUUAAAGGAAAUCUUUAAGCCUCCCACAGUGCUGGAAAAAGAGAAGAAAACAUGAAACUACUACCCC